UUAAUGUGCAAUACAAAAAGGCAUCUUCCGUUGAACUCCCGUUUCAUUGCGUAGCGGAUCAUCCGAAGCAACACUCGUUCAGGCACCCCCAGCCAGGUCAUGUGCAUAGUUGUGUUAUGGUAUUACGUCUUCCUCGCAAUGGCGAUGGACUCCCAUGCAACAUAUACAGAAGUUAAGACAAAUCCGUUUAUUUUGGGGACCAAACCAAUGGAAGAAUGCGGCAAUUUUACAUACGCGUUCAAGCGGCCCAGGAACUUUCAAGAGUGUUUUGGCAAGGAGAUGGUGUACUCAAAAGCCGCGGUCGCCAGCGAGAGUACAGUUUGUUCAAAAGUUGGUCGGGACAUAUUGAUGAAAGGAGGCCAUGCAGUUGAUGCCACCGUAGCUGUUCUAUUGUGUGUCGGGGUGCAGAAUCCGGAGGCGUCCGGAAUCGGAGGCGGCCUACUCAUGAACAUCUACGACAGGAAGAAGAAACAAUCCUUUCCAAUAGAUGGCCUCACGACAGCGCCGGCAGCAGCUGCAGAUUUAGAGCAAUAUGCUGACGAAGAGAAUCAAGCAAAAGGACUCCCUUCGAUAGCAGUUCCAGGGGCGAUGGCUGCCUUACAGGCAGCACACAAUCGAUUUGGCCGCCUUCCCUGGGCCGAGUUAUUUGAACCAAGCAUCAAGAUGAUGGAGGAAGGUGUCCCCCUUGAUUUCUCUACGGCAGAUGCCCUCGUCUAUCCGGACUAUGUCAACGAGACUAUGAUUGAGGAUGUAAAAACAAAUCCAUCACUGAGAGCAUUGUACCUUGACGAAUCGACAGGAGCGCCCAAAGAGGAAGGAGACAUCGUGUUCUAUCCGCAGCUCGCUAAGACUUACAGACGACUUGCUCAGUUCGGUGGAGUUGAUUUCUACAAGGGCAAGAUAGCCAGGGAUAUCGUAAAGGAACUAAGAGGACGUUUCACUUUGGAGGACCUUUCCAACUAUUCCGCCAGGUGGCGGGAUGCAAUAGCCGACAAUGUUGGUGGUCAUCGUUACUACACGCUACCACCGCCCUCUUACGGUGGUCUGAUACCACUCUUUUUCCGCAUUCUUGAAGGUUUUCACAUGACAAAAAAGGACCUCGAAGAAGGACCCGAGCAGGCUGCCUUGUUUUAUCACAGAUUCGUAGAAGCAGGAAAAUUCGUAUAUAAGACAAGGAAAUAUCUGGCUGACCCGGACUUUUAUCCAAAUAGCAUAAAGAAUUUAACCAAAUUAUUGACACAGGAAUAUGCUGAUGCAUUGCGCGCUAAGAUUGACGACAGCAGAACAUACAGAGACGCACAACAUUACGAGGACAUCAUGAUUGAUGAAGGAAAUAAGCUUGGAACCUCUCAAGUGACGAUCGUGGACGAAGAGGGGAACGUAGCGUCCGUUACCAGCUCAAUUAAUUUGCACAUGGGUUCAAAGGUGGUUGGUAGCCGAAGCGGCAUCAUCUACAACGACCUGAUGACUGACUUCAUAUACCCUGGCGUUACACCAGUAGGCAAAAUGGUUCAGCUUUUCCCCGUCCCUGGGAAGCGAAUAAUGACCCACACCAGUCCCUUCGUGAUGGUCGACGAGAAUGGGGAUGUCAAGUUUGCCGGCGGGUCGUCGGGGGCUCCUCGCAUCACAACAACGAUCGCGCAGGUCCUGGCCAACAUUUUUAUCUUCAAAAAGACGCUGAAAGAAUCCAUUGACGAUCCUAGGUUGUAUAACUUAAACCUGCCAAUUAACCAGAACACUCUUGUUGAACCGGACUUCAAGAAUAAGGAGAUCCUAAAUCUGCUGGCGAAGAAAGGACACCAGAUAUAUUUCUACUGUUACAUACCUUCAGGAUUCCACGGGAUUCUAGUACAAGACGGAAAACUACACGCUUACGUCGAUCACAGGAAAUUUGGCUGCCCUGCCGGGUAUUAAACUUGAACAUUUCGGAGAUUGAUAAUCAAUUAUCAAUCAUUAUUUAUUUAUUUGUUUUAAUUGGCUGUCGAUGCGUAACGGGCUUCGUGACACAAAUACAAUACAGUAGAACCUCUCUAUCAAGGACACCCUCGGGACUGGGAUGACAAGUGCAGUCUUGAUAGAGAGUGGUCCUGAUUAGUGAGGUCAAAUUGAAUGGAAACACCCAAUUUUGGACCAAAACUAAGGGAGGUUCUAUUGUAUACACAAAAAUGUGCUCCCUUUCGCAAACGUUAUUACUCUCGAAGACUCCUUAUUUUAGAUGUGAGGAGUAGUAUAUUUCUUGCCAUUCAUGUACAUGAUGAACCAGGUCUAUUCCACAAACGGGGCUACGAAACCGUGUGAACAGUACUUGGCAGCUCGCCAUACAACAUGCCAAAUACCUCGUGCUGCGAACUCGAUUUUAUUGACACGUGGUCUCACAAUUAGUUUGGUAGGGACAACAUAAUAGUUGAGAAACAAUAACUUGACUGAUCUUUUGUCUGACAUUGUAGAAAAGCCAUAGGGUGAACUGAUCUUUUGUCUGACAUUGUAGAAAAGCGAUAGGGUUAACUGAACUUUUGUCUGACAUAGUCGAAAAGCUAUAGGGUGGGACUGAUCUUUUGUCUGAGAUUGUAGAAAAGUCAUAGGGUGAACUGAUCUUUUGUCUGACAUUGUAGAAAAGCCAUAGGGUGAACUGAUCUUUUGUAUGACGUUGUAGAAAAGCGAUAGGGUGGGACUGAUCUUUUGUCUGACAUAGUAGAAAGGCGAUAGGGUGAACUGAUCUUUUGUCUGACAUAGUAGAAAAGCGAUAGGGUGGGACUGAUCUUUUGUCUGACAUAGUAGAAAAGCUAUAGGGUGGGACUGAUCCUUUGUCUGAGAUUGUAGAAGAGCCAUAGGGUGAACUGAUAUUUUGUCUGACAUUGUAGAAAAGCCAUAGGGUGAACUGAGCUUUUGUCUGGCAUAGUAGGAAAGCGAUAGCUUGAACUGAUCUUUCGUCUAACAUAGUAGAAAAGAAAUAGCAAGGGUGAAUCGGUCUUUUGUCUGACAUAUUAGUAGAAAAGCCGUAGGAUGAACUGAUCUUUUGUCUGAGAUUGUAGAAAAGCCAUGGGGUGAACUGAUCUUUUGUCUGGCAUUGUAGAAAAGCCAUAGGGUGAACUGAUCUUUUGUCUGGCAUUGUAGAAAAGCGAUCGCUUAAACUGAUCUUUUGUCUAACAUAGUAGAAAAGAAAUAGCAAGGGUGAACCGAUCUUUUGUCUGACAUUGUAGAAAAGCCAUAGGGUGAACUGAUCUUUUGUCUGGCAUUGUAGAAAAGCGAUAGGGUUAACUGAACUUUUGUCUAACAUAGUAGAAAAAUAAAUAGCAAGGGUGAACCGAACUUUUGUCUGACAUAGUAGAAAAGCCAUAGGAUGAACUGAUCUUUUGUCUGUCAUUGUAGAAAAGCGACAGCUUGAACUGAUCUUUUGUCUAACAUUUUAGAAAAGCGAUAGCGUCAACUGAUAUUUUGUCUAACUUAGUAGAAAUUGGAAGAAAAACGAAAGCUUGAACCGAUCUUUUGUCCCCAGCCCGAUUCAUGUAUGAUUUCAUUUGAUAUUCUGUAAGUACUUAUAAGUAUAAAACAAAAAUAAACUUAGCACUUUAUUGUA